AUGCAAGUUCUUCUUUCACUCUUCGCUGGCAUCAUGGCCCUUAAUGCAGUCAAUGCUCAACCCUUGACACAGAACUGUGGUAGUGCACAGUGCAAGUUCGAGGAAUCUGUCUCUUGUCGACAACUCAUGACUGAGAAUACCUUCACAGGAACCUGUUGCGCCUUGGACCCAACUCCAAGUGGAGGAUGUACAGUUUCUGUCUCUGCUGGAAUUUGCUACUACGAACCCCGUGCCCCAUGUGAGGGAUGCGCCCCAGGAGCUAAUGGAAAGUUUUUGGGAUCAGGAAACGCUGAUGGAUGCCCCGUGACACAAUUCGAUGCCCUUCUUUGGGACGAGGCGACUACGCAACCAACUGAACCUAAGGCUGAUCUUGCCGAGACUUUCGAGCCUACUGCUACACCGGUCGCAGGCCCAACACCACCACCUACUGAAGCCUCCGAUCCAAUCGCCGCGAACGAGGAACCAGCAGCAAACAUCUCUUCUGCAUCAAGAAUGGGAAUGACAGCCGUCGUUGUGGCAUCAUCUGUUGCCCUGCUGCUAUAG